GAGCCUAAAGAAACCUAUCUCUAUAUAAAUUCAGUCACCUCGCCAUAACCAAAUCCCAAUCAAACCAUCGCAUCCCCUUUUCCCUUCUUUCAUCCCAGCUUCCAAACAUUGAGUUCCCCAAUAAAACCCUCUCAAGCACUACAAAAUGCCAUCUUACCUCAUCACGGGCUGCUCCCGCGGCCUCGGCCUCGAAAUGGCCUCUCAGCUAUCCAAAACCAGCGGAAACCUGAUCUUCGCAACCGCCCGCGGCGCUCCGACGGCAGCGCUCCAGAAGCUCAUCGAUGGCUCCGCUGGCCGUGUGAUUUACGUUCAGCUAGAUGCCGAGAGCCCAGAGAGCAUCAAGAGUGCUGUCGCUCAAGUCGAGAAGCAUCUAAACGGAAAGGGUUUGGAUAUUUUGAUCAACAACGCGGGCGUGAUGCCGUUUUCUAUGGGUGGGGUUGCUACGAUGGAUAACCUAAGCUCCACCUUCUCCACGAACGUGCUCAGCGUGCACCUCGUCACAAGCGCUUUUAUUCCCUUGUUGAAGAAGGGCACGGAGAAGAAGGUGUUCAACGUCUCCACAACCCUCGGCUCGAUAGCCCACGCUGCGACUUACCGCCAGACGCCUGCGCCCGCCUACGCAGUCACUAAGGCUGCGCUGAACAUGCUAACGGUGCAGUAUUCACUGGGGUACGAAGAUCAGGGGUUUACGUUUAUUGCGCUGAGUCCUGGGUGGCUCAAAACCGAUCUCGGAGGCGAGGGGGCGGAUUUGCCCGUGGCGGAUGGCGCGGAGGCGACGUUGAAGAUUGUUCAUGAGAAAGGGAAAGAAGAUACUGGGAAAUUCUUCAACAUCAAGAAAGCGGGGUGGGGGAAUGCGACGGGACUGAACUACUACGAUGGGAAGGAGGUUUCUUGGUAGAGACUUGGUUGGGUGGAGAUCGAGACUCGUAGGACUAAGCUUAGUAGUCAGAAUGAGAGAAGAGUAUUCAUAUACAGACUUU